GUGUGGACUGUCACAUGCCAUAUCUGGUGUAUGUAAGUAUUUGUAACUUGUAUGUAUUUGUUUUAGUCCUGAGUAUUGGUUUAAGAGUUUUAAAUUGCGCGCCGUUUCUCAACUGUUGAGACCGCGGCAGGGUGUGUGCGCAUGAGCAACAGGUAAGCGGGAGUACAGGCGGACAGGUAAAAAACCUAGCAGCGGGUGUUUGGAACGUAGCCCUGUUCGACGCCCAAACUACAGAUUGGGCUUGAUGGGCCUACACCAUAAUUGAUGAGACCAUGAACACUACCCACCUAUGGUAUGGAGGCCUAGAGCCGAGGGCCGAAUAGCUGUACUGAUUUAUGUACUACGAGAUCCUACUCGUCCUAUGAACUGUAUGCCUAUUGUGAACCUUCCCUGUUUUGGAAGGAUGGACCGACAUAACCUGCGUGGUAUGUCUGAGCGGUGAUACACAUCGGGGCAGAGAUGUGACAUUGUUAUUGAUGACGUCACAGUUGUCGAUAUAUUCAACGUCUUGGGAUAAUCAUUACAGACGUAGAGAUUCUGUUCUACUAUAAUGUUGAUUCCCUGUUGUGGAUGCUGACCAUGUUCAGUACAUGUAUAUUGAGCACUGCAUGUGUGAUUUUGUUCCGCUGUAUAAGACGGCACUGAUUGGAUUCUGAGGGACCAAUGAUGGAGACAUUCAUGUUCAUCUAUUGCUUAGCAACGUAACUGUGUGGACUCGAUGUUCAACUGUGGUGGCCUUUGAGAGACUUGUAGGGAACAGGGUGUCUAUGUUUAUGUAUUUAUGCUUAUGUGUCUAUGUUUAUGUAUUUAUGCUUAUGUGUCUAUGAAUGUAUCAGAGUGUGUUGUAUGUAAGAUUGUGUAAUGAGCGUGUUUAUAAAUAAAUGUUAAUAUACAUGCUUGUACAAAUUGUAAAUAAAUCUUGUAUAUAUUGUAGUCUGUCUUCUCGUGCAAAUAUCAGCAAUCACGCUCAGUUUACGUUACAAAUUUUGGUGGCAGCGGUGGGAUGUGCGAUUGUUGAGAGAGAAAUGUGGUUGCGAGUUGAUAGCUAUGUACAAGAGGGUAUGUUAGAUGUUCCGAGAAAGUGUGAUAUUGCUUUAUGGUAAGUAUUAUACUGGGGGGUCCUGGGGUACAGUAUAGGCAUUAAGUAGCUACUAACAGAUGGAGACCUGUGGCUGUACAUGGAUUCCAGGUAAGUCAAACUUUAUGUACUUUGCUGAUAUAUCAUCUUUCAUUUUUAGAUGUAUUGCAGGAUUUUGUACAUUGUGUUGUUGUUGUUGUGUACCAAUUUGCAGUGUUUUGUAAAUAUUAUUUCAAGCAAAUACUGUGGUGCAGGUUUUGUACUGACUUUUGAGAUUGACAAAAUGACGGCGGUCAAAGUUCUCAUGGAGAUUGGAACUGAGCUUGGGUACAAAGGCACAGAUUUACAGAAGUUUGUCAAAGAUGAGCAGGAUAGAGAGCGAGAUGAGAGACAGAGUGAACGGGAACAGAAGCAGAAGGAAUGGGACGAACAGCAAAAAGUGGAGCAGAUUAAGCUGAGUAUAUUGAAGGAGCAACGUGCUUUGGAGAUGGACAAAGAAGAAAGAGCUGCUAGAGAUCAUGCAAGAAAGAUGGAACUAUUAGAGAAGGAGGAGAGGAAACCACAAAUGGAUCAAGGUAAGUCACCUUCUGUAUCAGCGAGGGGACCGAAACUUCCUGCUUUUGAGGAGGGGAAGGAUAAUAUUGAUUCCUACCUUCAAAGGUUUGAGCGGUAUGCUACAACGCAAGGAUGGAACAAGACCACACAAUGGGCUUCGAACCUUAGUGUUUUGUUGAAGGGAAGAGCUCUGGACGUAUUCUCUAGAUUGCCUGUUGAUCAGAGUCUUGACUAUGAUGUGCUGAAGGGAGCCUUGUUAAAGCGUUUCGAGAUGACCGAGGAUGGCUUUAGGAAAAGAUUCCGAAGUGGGCGACCGGAAACAGGCGAGACCUUUUCGCAGUUCGCGGUACGGCUUGAGAGCGACCUCGUUAGGUGGAUGGAGAUGGCAUCCGUUGAUAAGACGUAUGAUGGCCUGAGAGACCUGAUGGUAAGAGACCAAUUCCUACAGGCGUGUGGGAAUGAGCUGAAACUUUUCCUUAAGGAGAGGAUUCCCAAGAGUAUUGCUGAGAUGUCAACAUUAGCUGACCAAUUCGCUGAGGCUAGAGGGAACGCGUCUAACUUUGUAAGACCAGCCCGGAAGUUUGAUAAGACCUCGUCAAGCAUGAAGACCCAGCAAUCUUCCAAUUCUCAUUCUGAUGCCAAGGAGUCUAAGAAGGGACAGACUGGAGGUAAACAUUGUUUUAUUUGUAAGAAACCAGACCACAUGUCUUACAAUUGUCCGAAGAAGUCAAGUAGUGGUAAAGUUGGAGUUACGACUGGUAGACGUAGCGAGCAUUUUGGAGUAAACAUAUCCUGCUAUGUGAAGAUUCCUAAGUCUGAUGAGAUGCCGGUUGUAGAUGGCCGUGUUGAUGAGUCUCCUGUGUCAGUGUUAAGAGAUACCGGAUGUUCUGGAGUGGUAAUCAAGCGGAGUUUAGUUGGCGAAGAGCAGAUGACUGGUGAGACCCAAACAUGUAAGCUAGCAGAUGGUUCUAAGUUAGAGGUUCCUAUUGCUACUGUUUUUAUCAACACACCGUAUUACGUUGGUUCUGUCGUGGCGUGGUGUAUGGACAAUCCACUGUAUGAUGUAAUUAUUGGAAACAUCGAGGGUGCGAGACAGCCUAGAGAUCCAGAUACUGAUUGGAAGACGGAAGCUGUUGCUGCUGUACAGACAAGGGCUCAACGGCAGAAGGAGAACCGACCCUAUCGCGCAUUGAAUGUACCUACUGCAGACAACUUUGCUACUCCUGAUGAGAUCAAAGCUGAACAGGAAGCUGAUGACAGUCUUGUGAAGCUAUGGCAAUUGGCGAGGAAUGAUGACAAGAAGAUACGAUCAGAUGGCGGUAAGUCUCAUUUCUAUGUCAAGAGGGGUCUAUUAUACAGAGAGUUUCAGAGUCCAUCAUCAGCACAGGGAAGGCUGUUUAAGCAGCUGGUGGUACCGACCAAGUUGAGACCUGCUGUGAUGAAGUUGGCUCACGAUUCUGUGAUGUCUGGCCAUUUAGCGGUGAAACGGACGACCGAGCGGAUAUUAUCAGAGUUCUAUUGGCCUGGGUUGACGUCAGAUGUGACAAGAUUUUGUCGCUCGUGUGAUGUCUGCCAACGGACAUUUCCCAAGGGCAGGGUGACCAAGGUUCCGUUAGGGGUUAUGCCACUCAUUGGAACGCCAUUUCAGCGCGUAGCUAUUGACCUGGUGGGGCCACUCCAACCUGCUACAGACCGUGGGAACCGCUAUAUCUUAACACUAGUGGAUUAUGCCACAAGAUAUCCAGAGGCCAUACCAUUGAAAGGAAUCGAGACGGAGCGUGUCGCCGAGGCACUGGUCGAUAUUUAUAGUCGUGUUGGUGUCCCAAGCGAGGUACUCACAGACCAGGGAGCUCAAUUCACAUCAGAACUCAUGAGGGAGGUAAGCCGUUUACUAUCUAUUCGCCAGUUGACCACAACACCCUAUCAUCCGAUGUGUAAUGGCCUAGUCGAGAGGUUUAAUGGAACUUUUAAACAAAUGCUUCGUCGGAUGUGUGCUGAAAGACCCAGGGAUUGGGAUAAAUAUAUCAACGCACUACUAUUCGCGUAUCGUGAGGUUCCCCAAGAGAGUCUUGGCUUUUCACCAUUUGAGAUGCUGUAUGGUCGUACUGUCAGAGGGCCAAUGAUGAUCUUAAAGGAGCUUUGGACCAAACAAGUUCCGGAUCCUGAGACAAAGACUACCUACCAGUAUGUCAUUGAUCUGAAGGCAAAGCUAGAAGACACCUGUGAGAUGGCCCAGAAGCAACUUCGGACAUCGAAGAUCCGCCAAGCGUCUUACUAUAACCGGAAGGCUAAGGAAAGACAACUGAAUGUUGGCCAGAAGGUUUUGAUUUUGUUGCCAACGAAGAGGAACAAGUUAGAGAUGCAGUGGCGAGGACCAUACCGGAUUACAGAGAAGAUGGGUUCAAUGGAUUAUAAGGUCGACAUUGAUGGAAAGGUGAAAACUGUGCAUGCCAACCUCCUACGGCGAUACGUUGAGAGGGGAGAGAACUCUGCAUGUCAGCAAUCCGGAAUUAUGUCUGUUGUUUGUGUGUCCAUGGUGGAUGAAGAGGAAGAGGAGACGGUUGAUUACGAAGAUGGUCUGUUGGAGGAUAUUACGAUGCCUCAGUUGGGGAGGAAGGAGUCAGCUGAAGAUGUAUUAGUUUCUGAGCUAUUGACCAAACCACAAAGGAAGGAUUUGACAGAACUGAUGGAGGAAUUUGAUGAUGUUCUGACUGAUAUGCCCGGGAAUACAUCGUUAGUUGUACAUGACAUCAAGACGACAACAUCCGAACCAGUUAGAGUCAAGCCUCACAACAUUCCAUUCAACAUGAAGGAAACUAUCAGGGAUGAGGUAGAUAAGAUGUUGAAGAUGGGAGUUAUUCACCCGUCAAAGUCUCCUUAUUCGGCAGGGGUUGUGAUUGUAAGAAAGAAAGAUGGCACGAAUAGGUUUUGCGUCGAUUAUCGUCACCUGAAUCGGAUAACCGUAUUUGACGCCGAACCGAUGCCAGACGCCGAGGAUAUUUUCUCGCGACUUGCGGGUCACCAAUAUUUUUCCCGUCUUGACCUUAGUAAAGGCUACUGGCAAGUUCCUAUGUCAGAGAGUUCCAGACAGAAAACGGCAUUUUCAACACCUGUUGGAUUAUUCGAAUUCUCAGUCAUGCCGUUUGGUCUUGUAAACGCCCCAGCGACUUUCUGUCGAUUGAUGAGGAAACUUCUUCGGGGAAUGACCAACAUAGAGAGUUUUAUAGACGACCUGUUAAUCUACACGAAGACAUGGGAGGAGCACGUUUUAGUACUUGCAGAAUUGUUCAGACGACUGAGAGGGGCUGGAUUGACAGCGAGACCAAGUAAAUGCGCGCUUGGAUAUGGUAGUCUAGAGUGUUUGGGACAUAUUGUUGGACAGCAGGGAUUGCUACCAACCCCGGACAAGGUCAAAGCAAUCAGCGAAGCGGAGAGACCAACGACGAAGAAGCAGGUGCGAUCUUUUCUGGGUCUGGCCGGAUUUUACCGGAAAUUCAUCCCUAAUUUUGCUGUUAUUGCUGUUCCAUUGACUGACCUGACAAGAAAGGGAAUGCCAAACAAGGUGAUAUGGCAGGACACUCAUGAGAGAGCGUUCAACACUCUGAAGAAGCUCCUAUCAUCUAGUCCAAUACUGAAGUUACCUGACUUGGAAGCGGAAUUCACUCUCCAGACCGAUGCAUCAGAUAAGGGAAUAGGCGGUAUUUUACUGCAAAUGGAGGGAGACCAUUUACUUCCGGUGGCUUAUGCUAGCCGAAAACUGAAGUCCAGUGAAUGUGCAUAUUCCGUGAUUGAGAAGGAAUGUUUGGCUGUAGUGUGGUCCAUUCAGAAAUUCCAAAAAUACAUCUAUGGGAAGGAGUUCGUGUUGGAGACAGAUCAUCAACCACUUAUAUAUUUGAACAAGAUGAAGGGUGUGAACGCGAGGUUAAUGAGAUGGGCACUGCAACUACAACCGUACAAAUUCCGAAUACGUGCAAUCAGAGGAUGUGAAAACGUUGGUGCGGAUUUCCUCAGUAGAAUGUGAUGGCUAGGAAACUCUGUCAUGUGACUUUUUGGAGAAUAAAAGAUAAAAGUAGCUCCACAACCUUUAUUCUUCUGGUUGGGGCGUGUUGUCACAUGCCAUAUCUGGUGUAUGUAAGUAUUUGUAACUUGUAUGUAUUUGUUUUAGUCCUGAGUAUUGGUUUAAGAGUUUUAAAUUGCGCGCCGUUUCUCAACUGUUGAGACCGUGGCAGGGUGUGUGCGCAUGAGCAACAGGUAAGCGGGAGUACAGGCGGACAGGUAAAAAACCUAGCAGCGGGUGUUUGGAACGUAGCCCUGUUCGACGCCCAAACUACAGAUUGGGGUAAGUAUUUCCAUCAAAUAUAACCCAAUAUUACCCCAUAACGUUAUCAAUAGGUUGUCUGUUGUUAUAUUUGCCAGUUUGAGUGUGUUUAUAGUGUUUUAUAGUCGCUACAUGUUACCUGUAUUGUUAGGCGUGACCUAGUACUAGUGAGGCACGUGCGGUGUAUUGUGUGUCGUCGGUAAAUGAGCGCGAGUAUCUAGUAUGUUUACAAGUAUGGUUUUGCUUAUAUGUAGUGUGGAAUAUAUAUUGUUUAAAUAGUUUAAUACAUAAAAUAUAACUGUAAAGUAAAUUGUAAUUACUAUAUUGUUGUAGCUUGAUGGACCUACACCAUAAUUGAUGAGACCAUGAACACUACCCACCUAUGGUAUGGAGGCCUAGAGCCGAGGGCCGAAUAGCUGUACUGAUUUAUGUACUACGAGAUCCUACUCGUCCUAUGAACUGUAUGCCUAUUGUGAACCUUCCCUGUUUUGGAAGGAUGGACCGACAUAACCUGCGUGGUAUGUCUGAGCGGUGAUACACAUCGGGGCAGAGAUGUGACAUUGUUAUUGAUGACGUCACAGUUGUCGAUAUAUUCAACGUCUUGGGAUCAUCAUUACAGACGUAGAGAUUCUGUUCUACUAUAACGUUGAUUCCCUGUUGUGGAUGCUGACCAUGUUCAGUACAUGUAUAUUGAGCACUGCAUGUGUGAUUUUGUUCCGCUGUAUAAGACGGCACUGAUUGGAUUCUGAGGGACCAAUGAUGGAGACAUUCAUGUUCAUCUAUUGCUUAGCAACGUAACUGUGUGGACUCGAUGUUCAACUGUGGUGGCCUUUGAGAGACUUGUAGGGAACAGGGUGUCUAUGUUUAUGUAUUUAUGCUUAUGUGUCUAUGUUUAUGUAUUUAUGCUUAUGUGUCUAUGAAUGUAUCAGAGUGUGUUGUAUGUAAGAUUGUGUAAUGAGCGUGUUUAUAAAUAAAUGUUAAUAUACAUGCUUGUACAAAUUGUAAAUAAAUCUUGUAUAUAUUGUA